CGAGGGGCGGGCGGAUAUGCGUGGGUGGUGCGAUGCGCUCUGGGAUGAUCGGUGGAAAGAAAGCAGCAGCAGUAGUAGCAGCGUGCAGACGUAAACCAGUUGUAGCCGUGCACCGCGGGCGACUAACAAGAGAGCCUUGUAAACGAUUACAACGAGCAGGACAGAGUCUAUCACCUCCAUACACCUGGGGGAGCGUUGUUGGUCCAAAACGUGAUUUUCGCUGGGAGGGAACGUCAUCGUCGUGCAUCAUCGUCAUUUGUGUUAAUACUGGACAGUUCAUGCAAGCAGUGAUAGGAAGUAAUACGUGCCCAGAUGUGGAGCUGAGUGUGUCAGUCUGAAUUUUAUGACUGCGUGCAAGUGGUGGCUGAAUUGAGAGACAGAAGAAAGCGAAAGGUUACCAGAGAGGAUGGGUGGCGGGCGUAGCAAGUCGUUUAACCUAGAAAAGGCGGACUGGAAUGGACCCUUGGACACAUCCCGCCAUCUCGCCAACGGUGUCAAAGGUCAGCACGACAGCGAACAGAACGGCCCCACGGCGCCGGUGACCCCCGCGCUUCAGAAUGGACACGCCCACGUCAGGGAGAGACAGCUGAGCGGUGGCUUCAUACGUGCGAAGCCCGGGGACCCGCUGGAAGGUCCCGAUGAGGUUGUCCCGGCGACAGACUAUUGGACAUGCGACCCAGAGCAGCCAGUAAAGCUUAACAUGUCGGACGAUGGACCCUGGUCCGCUGCGCCGGUCAGCGUCGUCAGCAUCUUCACGGAGAGGGCGCGCAAAUUCCCUGACCACUGCGCGAUGGUCGUGAAGCGUGAUGAGCGGUUGAUUAAGUGGACGUACCACGAGUACUACAUAGAUGCUCGCAAGGCUGCCAAGAGCCUUAUCAAGCUGGGACUGGAACCGGCGCAUGGUGUGGCCAUCAUAGGAUUCAACUCUCCAGAAUGGUUCAUCGCAGACAUGGGUGCCAUCCUCGCUGGCGGUCUCGCAGCGGGCAUCUACACGACAAACUCGCCCGACGCUUGUCAGUACGUUGCGAACGACUGCAAGGCAAACGUCAUCGUCGUCGAGAACGACCAACAACUGCAGAAGAUACUCUCGGUCAGAGAUCAGCUGCCACAUCUGAAGGCAAUCGUGCAGUACAUAGGCGACGUGAAAGUCAAAGAUCCAAAUAUCUACAACUGGAAGCAGUUUAUGGAGCUAGCACACGAUGUUCCUGAGGCGGUGUUGGACGAGAGAAUACGCAUGCAGGCUCCCAACAAGUGCUGCCUGCUCAUAUACACUUCAGGGACAACUGGUACACCAAAGGGUGUGAUGCUGUCACACGACAACAUAAUGUGGACAGCGUCGAUGUGUACGAGGACAUUCUUUGGGGAGGAUUAUCGGUUAUGCAGUCACAGCGUCGUCAGCUACCUACCGUUGUCUCACGUCGCCGCGCAGAUGAUUGACAUGAUGUUUCCCAUCUUUGUUGCUGGAACAACCUUCUUUGCAAGACCUGAUGCACUCAAGGGCACGCUCGUCGACACGUUGAGGGAGGCGCGGCCAACGCUGUUUCUCGGCGUGCCUCGCGUCUUCGAGAAAAUGCAGGAGAAGAUGAUGGCUGUCGGGCGCACAAUGUCCGACCUGCAACGCCGUGUCGCCGGCUGGGCGAAGGACAUCGGCCUACGCGGAAAUAUGGCGCUGAUGAAGGGCGAAUCUGUGCCGUGGGGCUGGACUCUCGCAAACGCACUCAUCUUCAAGAAGAUAGCAAGGAACCUCGGGCUCGACCGCUGUGAGGCACUGUUGGUUGGCGCUGCGCCCAUCCCGCGUGAGACACUCGAAUACUUCAUGAGCAUCAAUCUACCGCUGAUGGAGCUCUACGGAAUGAGCGAGUGUUCGGGUCCGGAGACGGUGUCAAAACCAGACUCUUACCUGAUUGGCAGUGUUGGCAAGGUUAUCGUGGGCGGCAAAAUCAAGCUCGCAAACUGUGAUGCAGAGAACAAUGGCGAGAUCUGCAUGGGAGGCAGGCAUGUGUUUAUGGGUUACCUUAGCAACCCUGAGAAAACUAAGGAGGCCAUCGAUGACGAAGGAUGGCUGCAUAGUGGUGAUGUCGGCAAGCUAAACGAAGAUGGCUUCCUUUUCAUUACUGGCAGGAUUAAGGAGCUCAUCAUUACAGCAGGGGGAGAGAAUGUGGCGCCCGUACCCAUAGAAGACAACGUCAAGGAACAGCUGCCUAUACUCAGCAAUGUGAUGCUGAUCGGAGACCGAAGAAAGUUCCUGUCUAUGCUCAUGACGCUGAAGGUGAAUGUCAAUGAGGACACUGGCGAGCCUACUGAUGACCUUGCAGCAGUAACACUCGAUUGGCUGAAAGCACUUGGCUGUACUGCAACCAAAGUUACUGAAUUAGUGAAUAGUAAGGACGAAAGGGUUUACAAGGCAAUCCAGGAGGGUGUGAAAAGGGCCAACCUGAAGUCUGUAUCAAAUGCACAGAAGGUGCAGAAAUGGACAGUUCUACCAGCCGAUUUCUCCAUCCAUGGAGGAGAGCUGGGCCCGACUCUGAAGCUGAAGCGGUCGUUUGUUGACCAGAAAUACACGGACGUGAUCGAGGCCUUAUACAGCGAGUGAUCGUCUGCUAGUUUGUUGCUUCGUCUCGGACGGGUCUUAGCAUCGAUACUACAGUGUUAAUACCUGCCUACAUGCGCAUCAGGGGAGCAGCUCUUUAAGGACUCCGCUGACUUGACCUUGCCAAACAACUCGGCGGGUUUUUUGGGGGUAGUGAUGUUCUGCUGUUAUUGUCAGUGCUGCGUCGUCACGCGUCCAUGGUAUUCCUUUCCUUGGCCACACUGUUGUUAUUUCGUCAUUUUGUGGGCGUUUUUUUGUUACACAUCAUUCUAGUAUAUCUUUCCUAUAGGAUCGACAUAAUAUUUUGUAGAAAUAUGUAUUUGUAUAUAGGUGGUAUUUUUUGAAGAAAUGGGAAUGUGCAUUUCGUAGUGCAAUAUGUGUGUGUGGAAAGUAGGGGGGUUCUUCUGUAAAAUCCUAUCGGGUGUGUUUUGGGUACAACUUUUAGCUGGGGAGUUUAGGCAUCAAAUGACUUUGCGUUAGUGCACAGCUUUAAGCUAAUUUGAUUCAAAAUGUAAAAUCGCUGUUCUGCAAUUCUGGCCAUUGUUAGUAGGCACGCUAACGCAUGCAUACAGUGUAUUACAGGUAUGCGCGCACAUGCACACAUACAUGCACAUGUGCGCAUAGACUCCAGGUACACGCACGCACGCACGCACGCACGCACACACGCACGCACGCGCACACAAACACAUGCUAUAGACAUUGUGAUAGCUCUUUUCAUUACAGCUGAUCCGGUGUGAGAGAGACCAAUUACGAGAUACGACCAAAAAUGCACAGUGUUGGGGCACUGGUUGCUUUAUGCUUUGCUUUGCGUGAAAGGGUUUCUUUAUACGUGAAGCCUAUUUCAUAAAAUGUAGAUAGAUUAAGUUCCAUGCAUGUUCAUUAAUUAUCUAAAUUAAGCAAAUCUUGCAGGGAUAGAGAGAGGAGACCGAACUUCAGAUAUAUGGCUAACUUGUCUUUUCAUAUUGCAUAUCGUUGUGGGCGUAAUGCAGUUUGUCCGUGUGUAUUAUUAACAAAUUAAAAAUGGUUGUUUAUUUUUGUAAUGCGUUUAGAAAUAACCUUCGUUGUGCCAAUAUCUUUCUUCGUACAUUUCGAAUUAUCUACCUCUAUUUUGCUAGAUUCCCAAAUUGCGGUGUUUGAUAAUAGUUAAUAGGUGUCACAAUUUGUUAAUGGUACCUGUUUUUACUUCACUGAAUAGAUUUUCCAUUACUUGUAAAA